AACAAACACUGCAAGACAAAGUCCAUAUUUGGAUGGAAGUGGGAGCGGAGUGAGAGGGGCCAUUUUGACCCUGUGAUCUAAGGAAAUGACUGAUCUGACGGGGCCUGGGAGCCAGGGUGCCCAGGUGCGGCCGCUCACCCCGGGGGCUAGCGGGUGCUGGCUCCUAAGGGCCACUCUGCGUAGACAGGAGAGACUGGCAGGGUCUAAGGAUAACUCUGGGGCCAUGACGGACAUGAUUCUCCCAGAGGACCCCACAUUUCUACACUCUGAGCAAUGUCAGGUGCCACUGGACUUGUUCUGAGACCCUUUCUCUACAGGAUGGCCAAGGGGCUCCUGGUGACCUAUGCCCUCUGGGCUGUAGGGGGCCCUGCUGGGCUCCACCACCUGUACCUGGGAAGAGACAGCCACGCACUGCUCUGGAUGCUUACCCUGGGGGGUGGUGGGCUGGGCUGGCUCUGGGAGUUCUGGAAGCUCCCAAGCUUUGUAGCUCAGGCUAACAGAGCCCAGGGGCAGAGGCAGAGCUCAGGAGGGGGGACACCCCCCCUAAGUCUCAUUCGCUUUGCUGCCCAGAUGAUAGUGGGCAUCUAUUUUGGCCUUGUGGCUCUCAUUAGCUUUUCCUUCAUGGCUAACUUCUAUAUUGUAGGACUCCCACUGGCAGUUGGCUUAGGAGUCUUGCUGGUGGCUGCUGUUGGCAACCAGACCUCAGACUUUAAGAACACUCUAGGGGCGGCAUUUCUUACUUCCCCUAUCUUCUAUGGCCGCCCCAUAGCUAUCCUGCCCAUCAGCUUGGCUGCCAGCAUCACAGCCCAGAAGCAUCGCCGCUACAAAGCUUCUGCUGGGUCAGAGACUCUCAGUGUGCGGCUCUACCGCCUGGGCUUGGCUUACCUUGCUUUCACGGGCCCGCUAGCAUACAGCGCCCUCUGCAACACAGCUGCCACCCUCAGCUAUGUGGCAGAGACCCUUGGCUCCUUCUUGAGUUGGUUCAGCUUCUUCCCCCUCCUUGGCCGCCUCAUGGAAUCUGUCUUCCUUCUGCCUUACCGAGUCUGGAGGCUGCUGGUGGGGGAUCCUGGCUGCAGCAGCAGCUACUUCCAGGAGUGGGAGAAGCUCUAUGAAUUUGUUCACAGUUUUCAGGAUGAGAAGCGUCAGCUGGCUUACCAGGCUUUGGGUCUCUCAGAGGGGGCAAGAAAUGAAGACAUACAUCGCAGAUACCGGGAGCUAGUGAAGAUCUGGCACCCUGACCACAACCGGCACCAGACAGAGGAGGCUCAGAGGCAUUUUUUGGAAAUCCAGGCUGCAUACGAAGUCCUGAGUCAGCCCAGGAAGCCCAGGGGAUCUUGGAGGAGAACUUUCGAGGAGCUACACUUUCCCCAAGAAGGAACAGGCGGCUGUGGGGUGGGGUAGUUCCCCCAUCAUGGACUCUUCUGUUUAGAGGAGUAUUGUGGAGAGCUCUCACGCUUUACAUGAGGGGUUUGGACUGGCUGAACUCUCAGGUCUUCCCAAAACUUGGGAUCUGAUUCUGUGCUCAAUACCCUGCUCCCUAGUUGCUUACAGUGUGGUGGGAAAUAAUAACACAGGUAUACAGAUAUCAAAGGCUGCAUUGUUCAGCAUUUUGAACUAAGUGUCAUAAGAAGUGUAUAUAGCAUGCAUUGGGAUAUUGGAGAAGGGACAGAUGACAUUGUUUUAUGGGGACUUAUGGAAAAAUUCAUGAUUUUAUAUCUUAUAUGCCUUUAUGGGGACUUUGGGGAAACCCUAGGGAACCAGCAGCUCGAGCAUCUCAAAGGGACUUAUUUAAUUCCCAAGUAACUAGCCGAGUGUGGAGGAAACAAUCCAGGAUGCAGAGGAAGACUGGAGACCAGGAACAUGAUGUUAAAAUUAUGUACCUUUACUCCAGCUUUCUUGCUUUUCUUUAUUCAUGUUGCAUUCCUCACACUUUUUUUUCUUUUUUUCUGGAAGUUAACUCUGAGUAGUAUAUAUAUUUAAAAGUGGAAUUAUUUUAGCUAGUAUUCCCUACAGAUUGAAAAAAUGGUCUGAGUAAUUGAGAGGAAUGAAAUUUGUAGAUGUAUUUUCUUUGCAUUCAUUUAUUAAAAAAACUUUAAAAGUUUUUAGCUGAUGAAUUUAUAUACCAUGAUUUCAAGACCAAAUUAACUUUCACACGUUUUUAAAGUUGCCAAAAAUUGAUAUACAUUUGCUUUGAAAAACACAAUUUGUCAAAUUAUCACAUGGAAUUUUAAUGAGGCAUUUUCAUAGGCUAGUAAUUAGUAACUUAUUGGGCCGGCCCCGUGGCUUAGCGGUUAAGUGCACGCGCUCUGCUGCUGGCAGCCCGGGUUCGGAUCCCGGGGGCGCACCGCUUCUCCGGCUAUGCUGGGGCCGCGUCCCACAUACAGCAACUGGAAGGAUGUGCAGCUAUGACAUACAACUACCUACUGGGGCUUUGGGGGGAAAAAAUAAAUAAAUAAAAUCUUUAAAAAAAAAAUUAGUAACUUAUUAACAUGAUAUGUAGUACUACGUCUGCAAAGUGUAAAUAUAUUAAAAAUAGUCUAUAAGGAAAAAAAGACGAAAGAGUGAUUAGGGACUUUACUUGAUUUGGAAAAUUAUUUUACUGUUCUCAAAUUUUGUCAGGAGUUUUUGUUACAAAAAUAUGGAUAUAUUUUAAUUUAUUCAAGUGGGAACUAUUGAUGAGCAGUUUCUAUUUUUCCAACAUGAGCAAUGCGACAUUAAAUAUCUUUAAAUAUG